UGAUCCAUAGGUAGUUUGAUAAAGGAAAUGAGCGUCAUAAACUUGUCAGAGAUCACAUUCUACUUCACUCUUCUAGGUUAUCAAAAAAAUCAGGAGAAGAAAAGAAAGUACUAGAACUCUCGAGUACGCCUCUCUUAAAUAUCUCUCUACCCCCACUGCUCUCUCCUCUCUUCUUUUGCUCUCUUUCUAGGGUUUACAGUUUCUUUCCCCUUACCGGAAACUAUGAGUCGUCAUCCUGAAGUGAAGUGGGCCCAGAGAGUAGACAAGGUUUAUAUUACAGUUCUACUUCCUGAUGCAAAAGACGCCAAGGUUGAUCUUGAUCCAGAAGGAGUUUUUACCUUUUCUGCUAGUGCCGCCGGUUCUGGUAACCAAGCUUAUGAACUGAAAUUGGAACUCUUUGAUAAGGUCAAUGUGGAGGAAAGCAAAAUUAAUGUUGGAGUGAGGAGUAUAUUCUGUGUCUUGGAGAAGGCAGAGAAGGCUUGGUGGAAGAAGCUUUUGCGUGGAGAUGGAAAGACACCCCACAAUGUUAAAGUAGAUUGGGAUAAGUGGGUAGAUGAAGAUGAUGAUAGUGGUGCUCCUGCCGGUGACGCAGAUUUAGGGGGAAUGGAUUUCUCGAAUUUUGGCGGCAUGGGCGGUAUGGGUGGCAUGCCCGGCAUGGGCGGUAUGGGCGGCAUGGGGGGCAUGCCUGGCAUGGAAGCACUCGGUGGCAUGGCGGGCUUGGAAGGCCUGGGUGGCAUGGGUGGCAUGGGUGGAAUGGGUGGCAUGGGGGGAAUGGGUGGCAUGGGUGGAAUGGGGAUGCCUGAGGAUUUUGAGGAUAGUGACGACGAAGAGCAAGAAGUGUCAAAGGGAGAUGGGAAAGCGGCAGCAGCUGCAGCUGCUGAUACGACAGAAGUCGGUGCUUCAGAUGAGAAAAAGGAAGCUGCACCCAGCACAUGAGUGUUGUUCCGGUUUAAAACUACUAAUGCGGUCAACCAUGGCUGUGUGGUGAGUGGCGAGAUGAUUUUUUUCGUUUGUAGGGAGGGGUUGGUGUGUGUCUUCUAACUUUUCUUCUGAGGUUGGAUAUUUGCCAUAUUUGCUGGAUCAUUCAUAUGGGAUAUCUGGCAUAGACUUAAAAUAGUGGGGAUGUUGUAUUCUUACCUCUUGGUUUUAUAUUAGUGGAUGCUAUUAUGAUUUUUGUUA